UAGCCUUUUUUUUUCUAUUUAAUUCGAAGAUACACCAUCUACGCACUACUUAGAAGCAAUCGUUAAGUGAAUACAAACGCUAUGGUUAUUGAAUCGGCCAUGAAGCAUUUGUUCCUAGCAAUUACUGUGAUUAUUGCAGCGCAUUACUGCAGUUCACUAGGAGUGGAUGGUGGAGAUACCCUUUCCUUAGGGGCUUCGCUCACUGGAAAUCAGAAAUUAAUUUCGAAAAAUGGCACGUUUGCAUUGGGAUUUUUCAGCCCGAGAGCAACGGAAAACUGGUAUAUUGGCAUCUGGCAUGCACCAAUAUCUCAAAACGUCAUUGUUUGGGUGGCUAACAGAGAAAAUCCUGUCAGAAACAAGCCUGGCAUUCUAAAAUUUUCGAGAGACGGUCAGCUCAGAUUGUUUGAUAAGAAGGGCCGGUCUGUUUGGUCGACUGAUACUGACCAGAAAGGAUCACGAGCUGUGAUAACGGACUCUGGCAAUUUCAUUAUGCUAGAAACCCACAACAACUCUGCGGUUGUUUGGGAGAGUUUCAAGCAUCCGACAGAUACAUGGUUGCCUGGCAUGGAGAUGUGGAAAGGCAUGAAGCUGACAUCUUGGAAGAGUUCUUCAGAUCCUGCAACUGGGCUCUUCUCUUACGGUAUGGACAUGUCUCCAGGAAAGACACAGAUGAUGCUGUUCUAUAACAACACGGUUCCGUGCCUGUCCAGUGGAGAAUGGAUUGGGGGUUAUUUUGUUAAGGAACCCCAAAUGGAAGGUUCUAAGAAACUUCAAACGUCCUGUGUGAGGCUUUCUCCUUCAAGAAUAUACAUUAAAUAUGUUAUAAACCAGAUAGAUCAUAUCCUCACGGGGCGAAUCCUGGUAAGUGAGAAUGGCAGAUUUCAAAUUUACUUCUUGAUGGAUGAUGGUAGAUGGAGUGUGAGAUGGUCGACAUACCAAGGUCAAUGCAAUGACUAUGAAAUCUGCGGGGCCUAUGGACUUUGCAAUUUGAAUGAUGUGUGCAGUUGUGUCCAGGGAUUCACGCCCAAGAACGGCUCAAAGAGUUGGUGGUCAAGUGGGUGUGCUCGGCAAAGACCCCUGCAUUGCUCUGUCACAGAAGGCACAACCGACGGCUUCUCGGAAGCAAAGGACCAAUACUUGUCUGAAAAAGAAGCUGUCUUAUACAACGAGGAAACUCAGGACAGCUGCCGGACUUCCUGUCUCAACAAUUGCUCCUGCACAGCCUUUGCUUUCGCUAUUUCUGAUCCACCCGUCUGUAGAUUGUGGUUUGGCGAUUUAUUCGGAAUGAGCGUUUCUUCUGAGAGCAAAUCCGUCUUCGUCAGGAUGGCUGCUUCUGAGUUGCCGCAGUUGAAAUCAGAGAAAACCAGCAAAACCCCUAAAGUUACCAUUUCACUUUCUGCCGCCGCAUCCCUUCUUGCUGUUGCGGGUCUCAUGUCGGCCGUAUUAUUUCUGUGGAAACGUCAAAGAAUGUGGAAGAAAGACGUGGAAGAGGAGGUGCCAAUGUCGCUUAAAAAGUUCAGUUACAAAGAGCUGCGAAUUGCUACGGAGAAUUUCAAGCAUAAGCUGGGUAGCGGAGCUUUCGGCUCUGUGUUCAAAGGAACUCUGCCAGACAACACGCCUGUUGCGGUUAAAAGAUUAGAGGGUUCCUCGCAUGCAGAUAAACAAUUCCGUGCUGAAAUAAUCACCACUGGCAGAAUACAGCACGUGAAUUUGAUCAGGCUGUGGGGAUUCUGCGUAGAAGGCUCUCGAAGGCUUCUAGUGUAUGCCUACAUGGCCAAUGGCUCUCUAAAUUCCUUCCUCUUCUCUGAGUCGGGAGACUCAGACAAGGUGUUGGAUUGGAAGACCCGAUUCGACAUCGCUGUGGGCACUGCACGAGGAUUAGUUUAUCUGCAUGAGGAAUGCAGGGAUCGCAUCAUUCACUGCGAUAUCAAGCCUGAAAACAUUCUCCUGGACUGCGACUUCAACCCAAAAGUGGCAGAUUUUGGGCUAGCGAAGCUGGUUGGUAGAGAUUUCAGCCGCGUACUGACGACCACAAGAGGAACUCGUGGGUACUUGGCUCCUGAGUGGAUCUCCGGGCUUCCAAUCACUCCCAAGGCAGACGUAUACAGUUUCGGUAUGAUGUUGCUCGAGAUUAUAUCGGGUCGUAGAAAUCUGGACUUGAAAGUUGAGGAGAGCAGGUUGUAUUUUCCUACCUGGGCUUCAUCUCAAAUUCAGAGUGGAAACAUAAUAGAGCUUGUGGACGCAAAAAUAGCAAGUGAAGCGGAUAUCAGAGAGGUGAGAAGAGCCGCUGUGGUGGGUGGGCUGUGCAUUCAAGACGAUGAGGAUGAGAGGCCGACCAUGAGUGAAGUGGUGAAGAUAUUGGAAGGCACAAUGGAGUCUCCUGUGCCACAAACUCCGAGGUCUCUAAUGGUCCUAGUGGGUCAGCUUGACGACAACGACAAUGGUAGCUGCGACAAACUUCAUACCAUAUCAAGUGGGUCCGUACCCGCAAAAUAGUUACUUCUUGUCAUGUUUGCUAAUUAAUAGGAACCCGAGUGCUCUGUAGAGUAUGGUUUAAAUGGGUCCGUAUAAAUGAAGGUAAAAAAAAAAAUGUGUCUAAGCUUUUGUUUGAAUUGUGAAUAUUUCUU